AAUGGGUGGCGUUGCUUGGACAAAGAAGAUCACUUGCUCAAGAAAUAUGUAGAGCGAUAUGGAGAAGGGAAAUGGCAUCCAGUACCUCUUUUGGCUGGUAAUUAUAUGAAUUAUUUUGUAGAAGAGGACGUUCAGCUCAUCAUUAAACUUCACGAGCUCCUGGGAAACAGGUGGUCACUGAUUGCUGGGAGACUCCCAGGUAGAACAGCAAUUGAUGUAAAGAAUUAUUGGAAUUGCCACCUGCGUAAAAAGCUCAAUGCUCAAGAAACUGCAAAGGGAGAUCAAAAUGCUAUUACAACAACAGGCUCAAUAAAACCAAGAACCCCGGAUCGAAUUCCACCAAGUAGGCAGCCAAUAAUAGAAGAAAGCAGCAUGUCGAUGCCUUUGCAAUAUGUUGAAGUUGAUCAACGAGGCCAGGAGCCUGCGAAAGAAGAAGAAAGCAGCCUAGGAGUUUUGGCUACACACUUUGGCUAG